GCAUUGUGAGGGUCCGGAAGGUUUUUAGAGAGUGAUGCACAGACUAAUUAUAUGCAUUUGAAGAAGCUUAAAAAGCCCAGACCUAUAUCGCCUUGCACUCGAUGAAUACUACCACGCUGCCUUUUUCUGUAAAUGAGCAACAACCAAGCUGUGGAGCGUCUCUGCAGUCAACGGGGAUUCCCCUUGUAUUCUGACAGUUUGUAAGAGCCUGAGCUGAGCCGUAGUGUAAUAAUUUGUAAUGCUCCAGAAAAAUGACUAUGAAUGUAGAAGUUGUUAUCGUAUUAAAUCUGAUUCUCCUAUUCCUUUAUAAUCUUUUAUUUUUUUACCCAAAGGCCCAGUAGUACCGUACUUCCUCUGGGGUUCCUGAACACAAACUUUCUAAUUAUAGAGGUGGCUAACAGACUAGUAGAGUGGCACUUACUACAGAUUGCAGGUCUUCUAUUUUAAACCCUAUGCUAUUAAUCAGAUGCAUGUACGGUGCAUUAAAGCCGACAGAACGUGUACAAGCUGCAAGCUCUUCAGAAAACAGUGUUAUGGUUAUUCUGGCUCAUGUGUGUGCAGAGCACACAAUGAGGGCUGUUUGCAGUGGUUUUCUGUUGGAGAAAUGGCUGCUGUUUGUACUGCCUGUCACCUCAGCAUCUUUAGAUAAGGGAUCCUCCUUCACCUCCGCACAAAGCCUGCUGUAACCCCGAGCGUCGCUGUCCUCAAACCUGCUGAAAAGAUAUAGAGGCAGCGUAAACUGCAAAUGACUCGGUCUCUACAAUUAAUAUUUUGUUGCGUUACGUCAAAGUAAUUUUAGUUACGUGACAGACAACUGCCUGAAUGACCCUUUUAUAUAUAUAUAUAUAUAUAAAGACAAAAAUUGGGUUUCUGGAAAUAUUCCCAGUUUUCUGGUCAUAUUGUGGAGACUUAUUGAACAAUUUUAUGGAUAAAACCAUUCUUAAAACUGCAGACGACUUCAGGAGGGCCACUCGAUCAGACAGCCUGAAUCAUUAACCAACUAAUAAUGGUGAUGACUAAUAAUUAGCUUCUUAUGCUAGCAUUUGUUGGUUUUUGUUUUAGUUUUGUGUAUCAUAACCAAAACGCCAGUUGUAGAGCUGUAAUACUUAAAGGUUCACCAAUUUCCAGGUCUUUUUUUUGUUGUUGUUGCUGUUGUUUUAUCUUUCCUGCUAAUUCCAGCUUGACCAGAACUGGUCAAAUCAGAAUUUGAAUAAAUCGGAAGGAAUAUUCAGAUUGGUGGUUACCGAUCAGAGCCUGUCAGCGAGAAACUGACCGACUGAUCAGGUCAUCUGUAGUAAAGAUCAAUGUGUUUAUGGUAUUUUUACCACAUGCUGAAAUAAUCAGUGCUGAUCUUUCUUAGAAAAAACCCCAAAACAAAAUUAAUUUAGGUCAUGCUGUACAUCCUCGUAUGGCUUCUCCCUCUUUAUGUCAGCUGUGUUUUUUUUUGUUUUUUAGGUUAAAGCAGAAAAGAAUGUUUGCUUAGUCUAAUUUGCCAUAACUUCUGAGUAAUGACCACUUUAAUUUAUUUGCGUAUACCACCGACGUUUCCAAUGCCUUCAGAAUGUUUUCUUAUCUGAAAGUUGACUAAUUUUCCUCUUGUGUGAACAUUCUGAGGAAAAGAAGAAGGUGAAAUCAUGCUGAAAGUAUUAGGAGUAGCCUUAAUAUAAAAUAAACAAUACUGUUUUCAUCCUCCCACAUCCACCAGGCGGAUGUAAUAGGGAUAACCUGCACCGCGCAGGCAUUCCAAGAGUUUUUCAACGAGUAAAAUAGAAAGAGUUAGUGAAAGGAAAGAUGAAUUCCGGUGUAACCGGGUGCGUCUUCCCCCUUACUCCCCCUCCUUCAUCCCCGCGGUCCUCCCUCGUGUGUUGGAAUUUCCCGCAUGGACCGAGAGGGAUCUUGCUCCGUAAAUUACAGCGCCUUCGCGUGUCAGAGGAAGAGCCUUUUAUGGGCAGGGAAGUGGGCGGGGCCACGGGGUAGGCAGAGAGAGGAGGUGGCAAUGUCGAGACAGCCAGAGAAGCGCAGUCGAUGCACGGCAGCAGCAGGCCGCAUCUUUCUUCUUCUUCUUCUUCUUUUUUUUUUCCUUUUUAAGCCUUUUUGUGCAAUCACAGUGCAAUAAUGUGCAACAGACAGCGGCUGCAUUGCGCUUCUGUUCAUGCGCAUUAGCACGUUUGUGUUUACGCUCCAACGUCAAAUCCCCCUCCGCCCCCUCACCUCUCUCUCCCAUCCCUCCUCACUUGUUUUCUUCUUCUUAGCUGGGGGCACCGAAGGGAAAAAGGAAGGGAAGGGAAAGGGGGGAGAGAGAGAAGUCCAAAUGCGUGAGGUCAGCAGCGUAGCAUGAGUCAACCUCGGGGAUGUGUGCAGUCAUCAUCGUGGGCCUGCUGCCGCUGCCGCCGCCGCCGCUGCCGCUGCUGCUGGCCGCACGAGAGAGCCAUCCAGUGCGGCUGAGCAGCUCCUCGCAGGUGUCGCCCAUGAAUGAGAAAAACACAGAGACUUCUUCAGAUCGUUUCACCCCCGAUUGGAGAUUGUGAAGAACUUCAGAGGGAUUUUUUUAUUUUUUAUUUUUUUUAACUGUGAAUAAAAAAAGAAUACUUUUUUUUUUUUUUUAAGUCAAAAGACCAUUCUGCAUAGGCCUGGGUUGGAGUGGUCCCCUGCUUCAGCCCAUUCAUGCUCGUCAUGAGCGUACCAGCCCAGCAGAAACCCAGCGCCAAGAGAACGGGCAAACGCAUCACAUUCUUCGGCGACCAACCAGGAGACCCGAUGAAGGAGACGUCGCAGCAUCCCGACGGGGCGUACUUCGUCCCCGGCGGCACCGCCGCCGCCGCCUCGGAGUCCGGACAAAGCGAGGCGGCGAGUACAGUGACCUCCAACCCAGAGGCUCCUCACAUGUACUUCAACUCUGUGAUCUUCAGCCCAGAUAAGGGUGACCAGAACAGGGGCCACUAUCAGCAGACGGUGCCGAUGAAGUGGGCUCACCCGGAGCCCGGUCAGCAGCAGCAGCAGAGAGCUGCCUCUUGGACUGCCAUGCCUAACUGGGCGCCGGCUUUUCCGAAUCUCACGAGGACCCAGAAUGCGUUUGCGAAGGCGUUGCACGAGACUCCUCCCGGCUUGCAGCUGCAUCAGCAGCCAACCAACGCUGUGAAGUCUCGAGCUCUGGAGUGGGAGCAGCAGCAGCAGCAGACGUCCCAAAUCUUUCAGGAGACGUUGAAACCAGGAGCGCUGAACGCCCAACAGCAGAGCGUUCCCCACCCCGGAGGAAGCUCCGUCUUGCAGUCCUUCCAGCUGGCCUUCGGUCAGCCCAAACAGCACCUGCCCGCUUAUUACCAGACCUUCCAAGGGAGCAGGAACACGCUGCCGAACCCGCCGAACUACUCGAAUUCGAAACAGUCUUCGCUGCAUCUUCAACAGCUGCAGAAUCAAGAGCAGAUGCAACGGCAGCAGCAGCAGCAUGUAAUCCAGCAGCAAAUUCAACAGCAUCAGCAAAUCAUCCGGCAUCCGCAUGUCCAGUUACAGCAGCAACAGCAGCAGUUACACCAUGAGCAGCAACAACAGCAACAAAAGAUGCAACAACAGCGGCAACAGCUCCAGAUUCAGCAGCAAAUGCAACAUCAGCAGUCGCAACAACAAAACCCCCAUGUGCUAGACUGUUUCUCUGCGGCACAAAACGCACACCCGCAGCCCGUGGUCGUGCACUCGCAGGAGUCCACCGCUCCCGCGCCGCCGAAGAUCCAGGAGCCGCUGAUCCAGGACAUCACUCCAGAACCUCAGCAGCAGCCGUCCGAUCCCCUGCAGGCCCCCCCACCGCCCGAGCCGUCGUCGCAAUCGCAGGCGCAGCUCCGCAGGUCGCGCAGGCUGUCCAAGGAAGGCGGGGCGCCGUCUGACAACCCUUUCCUUUGUGGGCCCUCGGAUCAGUCGGGCCCAGAGAACGGGGCCCGUGACGUCCAGGCGGCGCCCACAGGGGUCAUCCAGAGCACGCGCAGGAAGCGCCGGGUUUCCCAGGAGGUCAACCUAGAGAUGCUCGCUCAAGAGGCUUCAGAAAGGAAGUCUCCUUCACUAAACAAGGAGCCUCACAGGCCGUGGAGUCCCGCCGAACCGGAGAGCAUGAACGCCAAGCGGCCCCGAGACGACAGCCUCCUUCCGCUCGUCAUCCCCGUGUCCGUCCCCGUGCGGAGACGGGACCCCUCGUCUCCAGAUAGGGAUGGAGCAGCCGUGGCAACCAGCUGGCCUCACCGGCCUCCCAACCACCAGGACCUCGGGCGAGCCGAUCACAAACCCUCGGUCAUCGUCACCCGCAGACGCUCGCUCCGAAACUCCUUAUCAGAAAGUUCAGAGCAGAAUGACGGCACGGAGGGAGAGAGGGACGACGACGGCAAGAAGUCCAAACGGCGUCCCCGACCGGAGCCUCUCUUCAUCCCGCCGCCCAAACCGAGUUUAUUCAUCGCGCCGCCCGUCUACUCCAGCAUCACGCCCUACCAGAGCCACCUUCGCUCCCCCGUUCGCCUCGCCGACAACCCGAUCACCAUGCCCCCGUACACGCCUCCGCCGAUCCUCAGCCCCGUUCGGGAGGGCUCGGGCCUGUACUUCUCCACCUUCCUCUCGUCGGCUGCAGCCAGUGGUCCGGGCCUGCCCCCUCCCGCGACUCCCAAGUCGGCCACUCGCAGCUUGUUGCGUUCCAACAGCUGCGACAUCACGCCACCGGUGCUGUCCGCCAUGAGUGAGACCACGCCGGUCAGCAUCGAGCCACGAAUUAAUAUCGGGUCGCGGUACCAAGCGGAGGUGCCAGAGCUGAGGCAGAGGUCAGCUGUCGAACUGGAUCGCCAUCGAGCCGAACUGGUUUGGGCUCCACCUUCCGAACUGGAGGGGAAACCAGACUUCCAGGACAAGGUGGAAGACCUGAUGCACCUGGCCUGUUCCAGUGUUUUAUACGGAGGAGGCACCAACCAAGAGUUAGCACUCCAUUGUUUAUACGAGUCCAAAGGGGACAUAAUGGCUGCUCUGUCUCUGCUGAUGCUGAGGGAUCCAAUCUUCCCAAAGACACAUCAUCUAUCCAGCUACCACUACUCGGGAUCAGACAGCUGGACGGCAGCUGAGAGGCGUCUGUUCAACAAAGGCAUGUCCACGUGUAAGAAGGACUUUUUCAUGGUGCAAAAGCAGGUGACGACCAAGACCGUGGCGCAGUGCGUGGAGUUCUACUACACGUACAAGAAACACGUGAAGAUGGGCCGCAACGGAGCGCUGAUUUACGGCGAGAACGAGCCUCCGGAGAGCAGGACGGCAGAGGAGGAGCAGGACCACAAGGCCUCUCAAAGACUGGAGCCGCAGCAGCAGGAGGAGGACAGCAGGAAGUGGGAUGGUUCAGCUGACAGGAAACAGGAUGUCUGUCCCACCAGGGUGACACACGCGCUGCCGUCCACUGAGAAUCUUGCGACAGUCCUCAUCAUGAAGAGGCAGGCGGAGGUGGGAAGGGAGCAGCCGGUGUCCAGGGUCAUCCAGCCGCCCCAGACCAAACCCCGCUUUGACGGCAGUGCGCGCCGGCCGAGCCCCCCGUCGGGCAACAAGGCCUCCGCGGGGCAGGAGGGCGAGUUCCCCUGCAAGAAGUGUGGCAGGAUUUUCUACAAGGUGAAGAGCCGCAGCGCCCAUAUGAAGAGCCACGCGGAGCAGGAGAAGAAGGCGGCGGCGCUGCGACAGAAAGAGGCGGAGGAGCGCGCCGCGGCGAGGGCGGCAGCCGAGGCCGCCGCCGCCAUGGCCACGCGGCAUCAGAACGGAACACGGCAGGCGGUCGGCGACAGUGCCAACGACGACUCCUCCGGCGGCGAGGACAGCGACGACGACGACGACUGGCAGAAUUAGGGCGGAGGCAGAGACCCUCUGCACCCCUCCUUUUUUUUUUUUUUACAUACCGCCGUUGCUCGGCGACGCCGGUGACGAUCUCUGCUCAAACUUCAGCGAGCGUCCGGAUUUGUUGGGUUCUUCCCAAAAGCUCCCCUUUACUCAGCUUUUCCAAGAGUUGUACCUCUCUUGCUCACAGGGCUCGGUGAAAUCAAAGCCAUGCGUCAUCCUGUUGGAUUCCCAGCCGCUGCCGCCUUCCUUCACACUUUGAAUCCCGCCUCCCGCUUUGCUCCGACAGGCGCGUUGGACCUCCCUUCCCGUCUUCUGUUUUCCUUUCACCUUCAGCUCCUCUUCGGACCGCAGUCGACCAAUAUCCGAUAGUCGAGGAUGAAGUGGGAAAGAAAGGCUGCUUCCUCGGACGGACGGACGGACGGACGGAUGGAUGGAUGGACGGACUGUUGUUGUCGCCGCUCCUCUGCACUAACAGCUGCCAAAAGUGUUUUUUGAAGCAUGAAAUGGGUUUUGUCUGUUUAUCCGGGUUUUUGGUUCUGUGAAUCCCCUGUCGUCAACCCCCCCUUUUUUUUUUUUUUUUUAUAAAACUUGCUCUGUUCCUCACUGUUUUAUGCCUUGGAUGUUAUGACAGUUUUAUUUGAAAAUGACAAUCAAUUUUACAUUGUUGGUGGUUUUUAUGGACGUGUAUAUAAGCAGGUCAACUUUCUUCCCCCACCCCUUUUUUCUCUGUAGUUCUAUGUGGUUCUUGUUGUUUUUGUGAAUAUUGUUAAUUAUUAUUAAUAUUAUUAUUAACAUUAUUAUUAUUAUUGUUCUAGUUUUGGCUGCAGUUUUGUUGAGCGCUUUUUUGAAAAGCUUUUCUUUUUUUUUAUUUAAACAAAAACAAUUGCUCCUUGCUACCCGUUUGUAACUAUAUAUAUUUUUUUUAUAUAACUUUUUUUUUUUUUUCUUUCAUUGGGAGCCAAGAAAUGAAGACAAGUGAGAAGCGUAUGUGCAAUAGAACAAGUUAUCCCCCUCUCACUCCCCAACACCGUCAGCUCAGAAGCAGCUGCUCUGGAUGCCUCGCCGUCGGCUCCGUUACCGACGGCGGGUUCUGACUGGUACCGUUCAGAACCGCAGGUCUCCACGGACACGAGCGCGACGACAACCGGCCCAGUCCAAACCGAAAACCGCGUUCCAGUAUUUACGGCAUGACAUUGGCUUUCACAAUGUGUGCUUCUUUUGUUUGUUUUUUUUAUUGUUCGAAUUGUAGGCGAGAUGUGGGCACGAGCUGGUCUGUCGGUACAGAUACCUCAGUAUGGCAGUAUUUACACAAGAAAAACUUUAGACUGUAAUGUAUAAUAUGUUUCAAACAAAUUUCUAAUAUCACGUUUAACAUUAGCUUAUCUUUGUUUGGAUUCGGAUACACAGACAUAGGCAAAAAAGAAAUAAAGGUCUGCUAGUUUUCAAGUAAACGCCACAUGGAUGGGAACAUAUGGGAGCCGUCUGUCGGUAAACCAUUUACUUUCGUCAACAGCCGAGCUUUUUGGAAAAGUAGUGAUUUUUAGUAAUUAGAUUUGUAUUCUGAACUAACGGUUCUGCCUCCUGCUUUCUACCUCAGCUUUGUAGCCGUUCCACAGACUGUUAACAGUAAGAUCCUUUCAUCCCAAAAAAAAAAGAAGUUGUAAUCUUUUUUUUUUCCUUUAGUCCCAUCUAAUCUGAGCUCAGAUUUGAAACAUGAAUAAAAAGUUAUAUUGAUUUGACUUUUUUUUUUUUUUUUAAUGGAGCAUUUCCAUUGUUCUUGCCACGGAUUUAGAUAUUGAUAUUAACCUGCUUAUUUUUUCCUCUCUCCUUAAGUCUGAUAAAAUCUCAAGCGUUCCUUACAACGGCUUGUUUUCCACGCUCUCUAAAAGCCUGUUGAUGGCAGGAAAUCAUUUACUGACAAACAGUAGAUUCUGAUCUAGACGGCUGAACUAAAAUCUCUUGUUUGUUCUUAAUAUUUUAACAUUAGAACUUAUCGAUUGCCAAGACUAGAUCUCUACUAACACGGAGGUAAUUCUGGGUCUGCCUUUGGAUUUCUGCUCUGAGAUUCCAGAUUUGGCUGAAAAAGCUGUUCAGAUGACAAUUUGUCAAUUUUUUUUUCCCCCAGUUCUUAUUAUUAUUAUUACAUUGUCUUUUAGAUGCCGAUAUGAAGACAAAGUUUUCAUCUUUCAAAGCAGACUGUUUGCAUCUGUGAUUUCUCUUUUCCCGUUUACCUGACACGAGGCACUGAGUUGGACCGUUGUAACCGUGACUCAUCUGUUGCUACAUAUCCAAGUGCCCAGAGCCACCGAAGCAACAAAUAGGUGAAAGGGUUGUUGUCCUUUUAAAGGACAAACUGGAGGAAGAGAGGAAUGUUGAAUGGGGAAAGAGACAAAAACAAGCAGAAUCAGCUCUGCUUACUCUACAAGUUCAAAUCCGGGUCUAUGCACAGGCUGUGUGCGAGCGAGUGUGUGUUUAAAGCAUCCUGUUAGCAGUGUGUGUGUAUGAGUUCUGUGAGGUCAAAUGUUCGACUGCCGUACCAGUCACAAACAAACAAAUAAAAAAAAUAGGGUUUUUGCAGACUGUUCAUGUUUGGUAUGUUAAUUUAUAUCUCCUUUUUAUUUGGGCUCCAAGGUUCUUGUUUAGGUUUUGGGGGGGGGGGGUGUUGCAAAAAAAAAAAAAAAAAAAAGCAAGAAAAGGUUUCGAAGAAGAAUUUUUACGGACGGAAGUGGAGGCCACAGACACUUCUCGUUUCGUUCUGCUGGUCGAGGGGGAAAAAAAAUUUCCGAAGAAAGUGUUUAUUUAGCUAAAGAUUGGAAAUAUAUAAUAUGAACGGAAUUCUAUGUUUGCAUACUUUUUAUGCUAUUUUCGUAUAGGGUUCACACUAAUGAUAAAAUCAGAAAGGAAUCUCAAGUGCUUUUUACUACGGUGUAACUUAUUUGUGUUGAUUUGAUUUUUACCACCUGUGUUUUUAGUAAUGAUUUAUGGAAGCACUGUAUAUUAAAGGUUCAAAACAUUCUC